GAGAAGUGGGAGCAGCAUGUGAGCGCACUGAAGGCGCUGCAGGAGGCGACACGCUGCUGCUGCUGCGAUCCCACCAAACGACCACCGAGACCACUGAGACCACCAGCCGGGGAUCUAACCUAUCUAUCUGAGGCGCGAGCGCACGGGAGAGCUGCCAGUGUGCUUUGGGUCGACUCUGAUUGUUUUGUGUUUUUUUUUACUUUUUGCUUGCUUGUGUUUAUCAUUAUGCAGGGACACGUUUGCGCACGUGCUGUGCCAUCCUAACACAACCAGCACUUGAUUAUUAUUAUUUUUCUUUUUUUAUCUAUUCAAUCAGUCAUUUAUUGCGCAUUUUAAUUGCGCAUUUUUGUUUUUAUUUUUUUUUGUUUUGUUUUGUUUGGGGGCUCAAAACUGGAAUAAAACUAUAAAAUAUAAAAAUAAAAGUUUGAUCUUCUCGAAAGGACAGUGAAAAAAAAAGAAAGAAGAAAAAAAAAAGGCUAUUAUUAUUUUUUUCUCUAUACCUCCAUCCACCAUGAGGCAUCUGAAGUUCGUGCUGGUGCUGGCGGUGGCCGCCAACCUGUGGGAGUGCGGCGAGGCCAGGCUGGGGGAGAAGGGAGAGCUCAGCCCCAGGAGGAGGAGAUGCUACGACGGCAGUCUGCCCAGGCGCCUUAAGAAGAAGGAGCGCAAAGUGGCGGUGGAGGACGGCGCCGUCUGCGCCAGGCUCUACCCCAGAGUGUCCUGCUGCCCCGUCCGCAGAGCGCCCUACCAGAGCCUCCACCGGAGAGACACCGCGAUCUUUGCCUCCAACAAUACGGAGUGUUCCAGACUGCUGCAGGAGAUAAAGUGUGCCCGCUGUUCUCCUAACGCCCAGAUGCUCUUCCACUCGCCUGAGGAAGAAGCUGCCCGACACAGAGAGCCCGACCUGCCCCGCCUCUGUACCGACUACUGCCGAGAGUUCUACUACACCUGCAGGGGGCAUGUACCAGAGCUGUUCCAAGCCGACGUGGAUGAGUUCUGCCAGUACUAUGGGAGGAGGGACGGGGGCAUGUGCUUUCCCGAUUUCCACCAAAAGCUCCCGCGGGGACAGGACUCCAACUACCUGGGAGAUGAGAGGAUAGAAGCCAUCAACAGGUAUGAGAAGCACAAGCACAACUGUUACUGCGCUCAGGAGAUCCUGGGUGGGCUCCGGCAGCCCACGGCCGUGUUGCAUUGUGGGGACGGAUCUCAGCGUCUUUUCAUCCUGGAAAAGGAAGGUUUCGUCCGCAUCCUCACCCACGACAUGGAACUCCUGAAGGAGCCUUUCCUGGACAUCCAUAAACAGGUCCAGACGGGGAUCAAGGGAGGAGAUGAAAGGGGCUUGCUAAGCCUGGCAUUCCACCCCAAUUAUAAGAAAAACGGAAAGCUCUACAUCUCCUAUACCACUAACCAGGAGCGCUGGGCCAUCGGACCUCACGACCACAUUCUCCGCGUGGUGGAGUACACGGUGUCCAGGAAAAACCCCAACCAGGUGGACACUAGGACCAUCCGGGUCCUAAUGGAGGUGGCUGAGCUCCACAGGAAGCAUCUGGGAGGGCAGCUGCUGUUUGGGCCUGAUGGCCUUCUGCACAUCUUCCUGGGUGAUGGGAUGAUCACGCUGGAUGAUAUGGAGGAGAUGGACGGUUUGAGUGAUUUUACCGGAUCGGCUCUGAGGGUGGACGUAGACACAGACUGCUGCUCCACUCCAUACGCCAUACCCAAGAACAACCCGUACUUCAACAGCACCAAUCAGCCGCCUGAAAUCUUUGCCCACGGGCUGCAUGAUCCAGGCAGGUGUGCGGUGGAUAAGCUUCACAUGGACACCAACGGGAGCCUCCUGAUCCUGUGCACUGACUCCACAGGACGAAACACAACCACAGGGAGGAUCCUGCAGAUUAGUAAAGGGAGAGACUAUGAAAAUGAACCAUCAAUAUUUGACUUGGGAUCUGGUGGCGCGGUACCAGUGGGUGGUUUCAUCUACAGGGGCUGUCAAUCAAGGCGGCUUUACGGAAAUUAUGUUUUCGGUGACAAAAACGGGAACCUGCGGAUCCUGCAGAGGCCUGCUGAGGGCCGGGCAUGGCAGGAGAAGCCACUCUGUCUUGGAAGUAGCAGCUCCUGCGGUUCCUCGUUGGUUGGCCACAUCCUGGGGUUUGGUGAGGAUGAACUAGGGGAGGUCUACAUAUUAGCAUCCAGCAAAAGCCUGGCCACACAGUCACACAGUGGAAAGCUCUACAAGCUGGUGGACCCUAAAAGGCCUCAGGUCCCUAAAGAAUGCAGAAGACCAGUGGAGCCUCCUGAGAUGCUCAGCAGCUCCUGUUCUAGGGAGUGCAGGAACGGCCACUGCACCCCGACCGGCAAGUGCUGCUGCAGCAGCGGCUGGGAGGGUCCCUUCUGCAUACGAGCCAAGUGCGAACCUGCUUGCCGCAACGGCGGUGUCUGCAUCGAACCCAACAAGUGCUUCUGUAAGGAAGGCUUUUCCGGAGCCCAGUGUGAGAAAGGAGAGCGCGGCGUACAAGAGGACCGAGACAAAGACGGCAUCAUCGAUCACAUCAUCGACGUCACAUCUUAUCUGCUGGACCUCACCAGUUACAUCGUAUAAAAAACAGGCAGGGAGCAGAAGCCAUCUACUCCGGCCCAAAGACUGAACUUUACGGACACAAUCAAGGGUUCGCCUUCAGAACAGCCCACCCCCGAAUCACCAACUGCAUCCCAGCAUCUGAAGCACCAGCAUCUGAGAUUCAUUUGAGCUGAGUUGGUAAUUGCUCUGUAUUUGGGUAAUAGGUUAGAAACUGGUUGUUCCAGUGAGUAUCAACCUAGUUUAAUGCAUUUUUGCAGUUUUAAGACAGGUUUUUAAGAACAAUCCCAACUGAAAUUCAUGUAUAAGUCACAUUUGCUUAUAGAUUUAUGCAUGGAGACUCAAUACCAGCAAUACCAUGUUUACACCUUCACCUCCACUCAAUGGGCGACCAUGUAUUUUCCAUGAUAUGCCACAAAGUUUUAAGCCUACAGCUUUAAAACUACAGCUGAUGGUCCUUCGUCUUGCUUCCAUAAUGGACCAUAAGUCAGUAAGUCAAGUCUCCCAGUGGAAAGGACCCUUCAAAUGACUCAAUCACUGGACUCGGAUCACCAUUUGGGCUCAGUUUGGACGUUCUGCUCUGGUACAGGAUGCUCGUUUGGACACAAAAACAGAAAUCCAAGGAAAUAAGAGACUUAUUCCAACAAAUACCACAAGGCUUACUUUACUUCAGGAAAUCCAAUGGACAGUCUAUAUACGACUGAAGUCUAUGUACCACAGGAAGCUCAACUGCCCUGGAUCCACUACCCCUAACCCAACCAAAGGGUUAGCCUUAUAUAACCAGCCUGGCCAUAAAUCUGAUGAACUCUGAAUGGACUUCACUGUAUCCAGUCCUUUGGUCAGUCAGACUAAUAUUCACAGCUAUAUUCUACACUAUUAAUACAGCGAAAAAACAGCAAGGAAAGGUCCAAAAAAGGUCCAAAUAACUGACGAACGACGCUGACGCUCACCGCCACAGUCAGCGCCACAUAUAACCAGAGUGAUCGCACCCUUAUUAACCCAAGCCUGGAGUUACUCAGAUGGGACUAGAAGCCAGUUUGUGAAAUGACGAUAUAGGGAGUUACGAAGUCACUGGGGGAACCCGAAAAAAAGAAAAAAAAAAGAAAAGGUCAAGCCUGAGAAUUGGUUGUAUCCAGUGUGUAUUUUAUAUUAUAAAGAAACUUACGUUGAGCUGCAAAUCCAGAAUGUUUUGACAGUCACUUUUAUUCUAUUUUUUACACUGUUCAUUUGGAGAUUUUUUUUAAAGGUUUUAAAAAACUGGUACAAACCAUGCUAUUUUUUGUAUUUCCCAAUAUCCUUUAUGACCAUGCACGCUGCUUUCAGUAAGAAUAAUGUAUUAUAGUACGUUUCAUUAUGCGUAUGUAUCUUUGUUUUGUUUGUUUUUGUUCCUGUUUAAAAAGAAGACAAAAAAAAAAAAAAAACUCAGCACGGAAACAAAUGCUAAAAGUUUCUUACUGUUGUUUUUUCUGUAAGGCAUGUACAGUAAGUCCAUUUCACAGAGAGAUUUUUGUAUUGAGAGGUUUGUAUUGAGCUAGUUACACUGCCACUUCGACGCCUUCAGUACAAGUACAAAGGUUUUAAUAUGCUGGUAUUAUUUUUUAAUACAAGAAUAAUAAUUAUUAUUAAUAAUAAUGAGAAUAGGAUCAUCGCCAGUCGCGUAUUUUCCACGAUUAAAGGUCUACUGCGUCUUUUUCUAAUUAUUACUGAAUGGUGUUCAGUUAACAUUUUUAAAAGGGAACAAACUUAGUGUUGUACAUUUCUCAUAGUACUGUACUAAGAUAAGUACUACUUAGCUUUGCGAAAUAAUAUAGAAUUAUUAUUGUUUUGAUAGAGGAGGGUUUAUUUUUGUAAGUGUUAUAAUAUAUGGAGGAGGGGAGUGUUCAUUAAAAAGCAGUUUUGCAGUAAGCAAUAUUGUAUAUUGUCACUUAUGCAUAUUCUUACACAGUCCCGAUAUUAUGGAUAUUAAGGUUUAAAUAUUAAAUAGGUUACUAUAUACUAUAGAAUAUAAUAUAUCCUAUAUAUAAUAGGAUAAUAAUCUGGCUAGUUAACAGCAGAAGCUGAGGAAUAUGGAAUUAUACAUGAAUAAGAUAAAUAGGAUUAGGCCUGUCACAAUAACUAUUUUUGUUUGGACAAAUAUAUAUGUAAUUAUGAUAAAUGAUAUUUUUGACAUUUUUAAGAGCUUUGGAUGCCACUGUAAUAUAAUGACAGUAUAAUGUAGCAGAAUAAUGCAAAUACACUCUUUUAGAGAUCAGUGAAUAUUUAAUUAUUAGGAAUAUUAAGACAUUGCAAUUGAAAUAAAUAUAUUUUUAUACAAAUGUAUUUUUUAAAUACCCUAAAUAAAUAAAAAAGAAUAAAACCAAAAUUGUUUUGCUUUUUGAACAAGCUCAAUAAACCAACUCAUUUUCGUUAUUGGACUAAAAAAAUGUAUUAAGGUCCUGAUCAUAUAUCGUUGCUGUCCUAUGAAAAACACUUAACUCCAUUUUUGUCGAUUUUGAGUUUACUACAUAAUUUGAACAAACAAACUAUCCCUUACACUGUGCCAAAAUGUCUUGAUGAACGGACCAAUAGAAACUCUUCAAAAUGACUUGAAAUAAACUCUUUUUACAUUGACUUCCAUUGAAAGUUUACAAGGUUUUUUCUCUCUCCUGUAAAGUUGCUGUUUUGGAGAUAAGUGUUUUUCAUUGGACAGCGACGAUAUACAAUAUACGAUAAAUCAAUAGUGUAGUUAUUGUGACAGGCCUAUGAAUCAUUACAAUCUAUUAAAUACAGUAUAGUAUAAUGAUAAUUAUGAUUAGAUUAACUGACUAUUUAGUGUCGCAGUGCUAAAUCAUACCCAUAAUACAAUUAUACACUACAGAAAAACUGCCGGACUGCCAAAUGCAGUCAAAUAUACUGCUAUGCCAAUGUAGUUCACUGUGCCAUGCUUUACUACUGCUGCACUACAACUAGAGCAGCCAUAUCCCGCUCAUACAUCAGGUUAUAAUGCUACACAGUACAGUAGACCAGUAUCUGGGAAUAUAUAUAUGGUCACUCUUUCUUUUCUCUUUCUGGUGAGAAAAUACGAUACGAUAACAACGAUAUAUUGUCUUCGAUAUGAAUGGGACUGUCUUGGUUUCAGUGUAAGGAAUCUAUGCUGUAAGUCUAUUCUGUAAUAUUAGCACUUAAUGUGAAACUUGCAUCGGAGCUGCUGGGAAGGUGUUGUGUGAAUAGAGUAACCCUUUUUUUUUUUUUUUUUUUUUGGUUUUGAUUUAUUUUUUUUUGUUUUAUUUCAUUAUUUAAGUAGUUACACCAUAAAGUUAUUUAAGUUUCUAUAAUGUUUGUACUGUUUCAUGUGAAGAAUUUGAUCAUGUAUUGUAAAUAAAGCUAGGGCUAUCUCAGUUUCUUCCCAGAAAUAUCAUUAAGUUUAUUAAAGUGUAUAGCAUGUUUGAAAAA